AAAUCUCAGACUGCCAAAGUAGUACUGUCAAAAAUAACUAAUUUAAGUAAAAUGUAACAAAAAAUAUUAAAAAUCAAGUGUUUUUUUUUAAUAAGUACAUAAAAAUAAAUAAUGCCUACUUUCCCCCCCAACUUUUGCUAUGGCUGCUAUCCUAAUGUAACAGUCAGUCCUAUUACGAUACAGAUAGAAAAGAAGCCUAAAUACCCUCCAUAUAAAAGGCCGACUUAUAAACCGAUAACCUUUGAACAUCUUUUUCCUCCUGGUUCGCAAGGCCAAAGUGCAGGCAGGGCAGCGACACCAUGUGAAAGAUGCGCUAAACUACUUCGCGAGAAAGAAAUUCAAUUAAUAAGGAAAGAUCAAGAACUGUUCCAACUCCAGAGGCACCUACGAAAACAUGGAGGGCGGAAACACGAUUACGGAUCCGUCCGACAGGUCGAAUUUCAGCUCAGGAAGAAAGAACAUGAACUAGCAAUACUAAAUAUGGAGAUAGCAAAACAUGAUACAACAAAGAUACCACCCCCUCUAGAAAGAUUUAAUUGUCCAUCGUGCUCCAAAUAUCUAAGUCAUAAAGAGGAACAAUUAAAAAAGAUAGAACAAGAAGUGGUCAAGCAAAUGGCUAGUCCGUAUAUAAAAGUAAGCCCGAACCCCUGCACUUGCUGCACAGACGCCUCUAUACUACAGAUUAAUGAAAAGAGCAGGAAAAAGAACAAAAAAAACUGUUUCAAAGAACUUAAUAAGAAAGAAAAGAAACUGUUAAAGAAAGAGAGAGAAAUCGAUAAGAAAAUUCAUGAGUUCAGAAAAAGGAAUCUUAAAGAAGCGAAGGAGGAUAUGAAAAAAACACCAGAUUCGUUUAUAAAAGAAGUGUAUUUGAAUUGCAAAUGUGCGUGUAAAAGGGCUAUUGUGAACAAAAGGUUUGUAGAUCCUUGUGCUUUUAAUGCUGCUGCUAAUGCUUUUACCUGCACCAUGCCAUUCCCGACGUGGAACGGCAGCUUGCGUAUGGGUCCCAACAUGCACGCGUGCACGACCAAAUGUUGCGUUAUGAAGUUACUUGGGAGUGUGGCUAACUGCUACGCCUGUCCCAUAAUCAAGAAGAAGAAACCUCCGGGGAGAUGUUGUAUCCCCAUGAGAUUAGUGAGAUGGUAUGUGUUCAGGAACAAGAAACUUAUGAAACGAAGGUGCUUUUAGAUUAACUUUAAAAGGAGCAAAGCUUUAAAAAAUAUACUUUAUUUGUGAACUAGUAAUGUGUGUUGAAAUUAAAAACAGUUUCUAUAGUUAAAGUAUGCCUACCAGUACCUACAGACGCCAGCCUACAAAACAUAGAUUCUUUAGUGGUUAAAAUAUAUGUUUGAGAUGGUAUUUU